AUGGCUCCUCAAGAGACGGAUGCGAAUGGUGUGCUGUUCGAGCAUGACGCGGAGACGGAGGACGUGGCCCUGGCGAAGAUGCCGGUCCAGCAAGCCGGAGACGAAAAGUGGGACACCCAUUACGAGUGGCAUAUCAUCUUCCUCCUUCCGGUGGUCUAUAUAGGCGGGUUGUAUGGAGGCUACCUGUUCCUGGUGUCGGCGACAUGGCAAACGAAGAUAUUUACCAUUUUCUUGUACCUGACGUCGGUCCUGAGCAUCACAGCGGGAGCCCACAGGCUCUGGAGCCACAAGGCCUACAAGGCUAAAUGGCCUCUCCAACUUAUCCUUAUGAUCUUCCAGACUAAUACUCUCCAGUACUCGGUGAUAAACUGGGUGCGCGACCACCGCAUGCACCACAAGUAUGCGGACACGGACGCCGACCCGCACAACUCCACGCGAGGCUUUUUCUUCUCCCAUAUAGGAUGGGUGACGAUGGGUAAACACCCGGAGUUCGAGCGGAAAAGCAUGGGGCUGGACAUUAGCGACGUCGAAGCUAAUGCUAUACUGCAGUUUCAGCGAAAGUAUUACGUAAUCCUGGCCACAAUUAUUGGCUUCAUCCUCCCCACCGUUAUCCCGGUCUACUUCUGGAACGAGACCUGGAUAAUCGCCAUGUUAGUGCCCGGAUUGUUCCACCGCUUCUGCAUGUACAACGCCACUGGAUUAGUCAACUCCGCUUGCCACAAAUGGGGGUACAAGCCCUACGACAAGAACAUGGUGGCUACAGAAAUUAGUUUUCUCACUCCGUUAAUUCUCGGAGAAAACUACCAUAACUACCAUCACGCCUUUCCUUGGGAUUAUAAGACGUCGGAACUUGGAGGAGGCUCGUUUAUGUUGACUACAGCGUUCAUAAAUUUCUUUGCGAGGAUCGGUUGGGCUUAUGACCUGAAGACUAUCUCCGAUGACGUCAUUCAGAAGCGUGUUAUGCGUACUGGAGAUGGCUCGCACCAAAUUUGGGGGUGGGGCGACAAGGACCAGACUAAAGAAGAGGUGGCAGCAGCUGUAAGAAUAUACCCUAAAGAUGAUUAA